UCACUAGGGAGAGGUGUUCACAAAGACAGGUUUUACUAUACUUCAUGUCAGUCUAUUUAUGUCGGGUACAUCUUUCAUUUCAGUCUGCUGGUGAACAAGAAUAAUCACCAUGGCUUCGAAAAAGGACUACAGAGUGCCAUUGAGAUCUCAGGACCUAAAUGUAUACAUAUUGGAUAUAUCUUACUUUAGUGGCAAACUAGAAGCCUAUUUGAAGUACAAAGGCAUUGACUUCAAGCGUAUUGAGCUACAAUGGGAUGAUUGGGCAACGACUAUUGCUGAGAAAACUGGUCUGAUGCAGGUGCCUGUUAUUCACGACACAGUAGCAGACGUUUGGUUGAGAGACACAACCCCCAUCAUCGAGCUAUUUGAAGCAGAUGAAGGGCUCUCUAAGAUAGCCACGGGGGUACUACCGGAUUGCCCAGUGCAGAGAUUUGUCUCACGCCUCUUGGAAGACUUUGCAGAUGAGUGGAUGUGGCGACCGGCACUUUACUAUAGAUGGGGGUUCAAAACAGAUAGGGAUUUGUACGCCAGAAGAUUUUGUGUGGAUUUCCUGACAAAUGCAUACAAGGGUCUCGUUCCUGAGUUUAUUGCCAAAGAUUCAAUUAUCCGCCGGCAAGUAAAUGACUAUAUUUACAUGGACGGGAUACGAGAUGAGGCUACCAAAGCUAACACCGAGCAGCUGUACCUUGAUGUAUUAGACAUCCUACAAAUGCAUUUUGAAAAGCACCAGUACGUUUUAGGAUCUCAACCAACCAUGGCUGACUUUGGAAUUUUUGCAAGCAUGUUUCGUCAUUUUUCUCUUGAUCCUACCCCUGCUAAGAUUAUGAGACAAAGAGGCCCCGCAGUCUACGAAUGGGUAGCGCGUAUGUGGAACGUCAAAAAUCAAGGUCCCGGAUCACCCAGAGUAUCAGCUCCAGAUGGCGAUAUUCCAGAUACGCUUUAUCCUCUUUUUGACAUCAUAAGUGACCAAUACUUACCGUAUUUGAAUGCAAAUGCUGUUGCUUUCAAAAACAAUAAAACAAAGUUCGAUUUUACAGUCGGUGAUGCGUGUUACAAAUUCAACGUGGUACCAUAUCGUGUCUGGUGUAGAGAGAAGCUGCAAGACCAUUUCAAUGAUAUGUCUUCCGAUGACCAAAAUGCUGUGAGAAUAUUCUUAGAAAAACGGAAUUGUUUCAAGGAAUUAUUUUCUGAUGGAAUCAUCCGCUCCAACAAAGACCACAAUGGUGCCGAUCCUCCUUUCUGUAGAGAAAAGAACUAUAAUCUCAUGGAGAAGGUGAAAAUGUACACUGGAGGUACCCCUUGGCACGAAAGCCAGGAAUCACUACCCAAUAGUUUCUUUAUGGUUUGCACGGUUGUUUGUCUCAUUCUGGGUCUGAUUUUCUUUGGACUUGGUAUGCUCUUAGAAUUGACAGAUUAAAAAGAUAAUAUAAAAGUCAAACGUUUUUUGAUAACCUUUACUAUGUGAAUAUAGUUAUACCACGGUCCAUGGUUAUACACAUCUAUCGUAUAACACUAUCAAUAUAUGACUUGACAUAAGGCCAACAGACUACAGCUUAGGACCAACAAAGAUAUGAGAAUCCAAUCAUGACACCAUGGGAAUGACGAAAUGAACUAUGAUUGACUCUGUGUGUAAUGAUAUCCAUUUUUUCAAACAAUAAAACGAUACUUGAAACAAACUCUAAUUCGAACACCUCUUCAAUCCGACCACCCAUUCUAUUGAGUCCCACAUCGAAAACCCGUUAAAUGAUCCGAUAUUUCAAAUCAUUUGCUUUUGAGAGAGUAUUUCUUGGUGUUUCUUGUUGUAGAAUGAAGUACACACCUAUUUACACAAUUUCCUUUUUUAUCAGGGAACCUGUACACAUGUAUGAACAUAAUUGAGUACCCACGCAAUUUGAAAAAAUUUGCCUUGAACAAAAUUGUGGCCAUUUAUUUAAUGCUCCUUUGUCCAAAUGUGGAUUUAAAUUGAUUAGAUCCAAGAUUGAAUCUUUAACUUGUCCCUUGUCCAUGAGUUUGAGCAUUUGAUAUGAAGUAGUCACAGAAUAAUGUUUGAGGAAAUUCUUUUGGUCGUUUGAGACAAUUAAAUACAAAGCUUGUGAAUAUCUUCUAAAGUAUGUUUGUUUUUCUUAAAUUAUGGAGAGGAAAUGUCUGUUGUAGCACUGUUUGUAAUAAGUCUUAAAAAUCG